GUGCGGUCAUAUUUUCGUGAUGACAUCGAUGACAUUGUAAACAAAAAUAAAUAGUGAAUAUAAAAACAGUGCAUAAGUAUGGCAGGUAGUGUUAUCGGGAUGAUUUUUAUGAGUGCACCCGUGCAGCCGCAGCCACUCUCCCAGAGCGUUUAUCGAUAACGAUAGCCCGAUAGUUUACCAACAACCAUAUCAGAUCCAUAAAUGGCAACGGAAAUUUUUUCCGAAGAGUUGCACCAAACUCAUGUGUUUACGGUUGUGAAAGAGGAGCCUCCGGAGAUUGACCCGGGAGCCGCGUCAUUCUGCUACGAAACGGUGAUCAAGGAGGAAGUUAUUCUGGAGGAUCCGGUUGAACGUGCCGACGAUCUGCCAGAACCAACAGAAAUCCCAAAAGAGCACCCCUUUAAAUGUUUCGAAUGUUAUCGAACGUUUGCUAUAGAAAACAAUUUGAAAAAAUGUUUAAAAAGACACCAUGCCAUUAGAAAUAAACUUUACAAAUGUAAAUUUUGUGGAAAGUGUUGUGGUACUAAGCAAGACAACGACAGACACAAGAGAUCCCACAAGAGAAAUUUGAAGAAAUUAAAGCCGCCUGUUCAAGAUAUUGAAAUAAAUAAACAGAAGCAGCCAGAAUCUGUGAGCGAAAGCCCUAGCGGAAAUUCAACGGAAAUUUCAAAAAGCCACCGCUUUAAAUGUUCCGAGUGCAGCAAAACAUUUGAUAAAAAACAUCUGCGUCAAAGAUGUGAGUGGAAGCACAAGGUUAUUAAAAGUGAGCGGUACAAGUGUGAAACAUGUGGAAAGCUUUGUUGUUCCAAGUUUAACCUUACCAGGCAUGAGUUCACCCACAAAAACGAACAACAACAGCCAAAAUCCGGUGGAGAUCUGCCGAGUUCAGAGGAGAAAAAUUCAAUGACGCCCAAUGAGGACAGCAAUGAAAACGAAAGUGAAGAAUCGGACGAGUCAUCCGAAAAUUGUUACAAAUGUCCCGAGUGCCCACGCAGGUUCAAAGAACGGUACCAGGCCAAUAGAUGUAAAAAGCAGCACUUGGCCAAACGGUUAGGAUUGACCGAGUGCAAAUUGUGUAAAAAGCAAUUGGGAACCAUACGUGAUCUUAAAAAUCAUGAACUUACUCAUAGUAGAGUAAAAACCCCCGUAGUUAAGCCAGCGUACUUUGCGUGCGAAAUUUGCGAUAAGCGCUAUGUCAAGAAGGAAAGCAUAAAAAAACACAUGCUUACUCACCAAGAAGGGGCACUUCUGUUCAAGUGCCAUACGUGCAAUGUGAAAUUCCCAACUAGGGCGGAGAUGCUUACGCACAUCACAAGACACGACUGGAACGAAACAAAGCAUAGUUAUGCCGCAAAGCUGGUUAAGGAAGACGACGGCAACUAUUUAUGUACGGUUUGCAGCAGGAGAUUCAUCAACCUGAGAACGGGCAUUCCCCACGUGUUCCGGCAUAUGAACAUAAUUGAAGCGCUUUUCGAGUGCAAAUCGUGUGGACUGCGAUGUGGAGAUGCAUACGAGUACAAGAUACACAUUCAAACUCACAAGAAACCGGAAGAGGCAACGGAUGCUUCCGAUGGGAAACCACCUGCGGAAGAACCAGAUUCGACUUCGUCGAAGGAAAGUGCUGCUACGCAAAAAUCUACCCAACUUGACUGCAGAACUUGUCGAAAGCGCCUACGCAACCAGCAAUCCCUCGAGAGGCACGAGAUUAUCCAUCGGAUACGAAAGAAGCGGACCGAUGAUGUCGCAGAACCGGAACAAGCGGCGGAAGAGGGGAAUAAGACUGAAGAAACUGGCGCCUCUUUUUGCUACGAAACGGUGACGAAGGAAGAGCUGAUCAUUGAGGACGAUGCGGUAGAGGAAUCAGGAAAGGACGAGGGGCAGGAAGAAGUUCCUCGAAAUUCGUUGGAAGGUAGUCAAGUCAAGGAGGAUGAGACCGGAAGAGGACAGGAGGAAGAUUCUAGGGAAUCUCUGAAGGAACAAAGUGAACCUAAGGAGGGCGAGCUUCCAAACAAAGAAACCCCAGGUCAAGUUAUUCCCAAACAAUGCGAUAUCUGUCAGAAGAUUUUCACGAAUAGACGUAAUGCUGCAUCACACAGGCAGUCUCACGAAAAGAGUGAAAUUCCUCUAGAGUGCAGGAAAUGCCAUGAAAAAUUUGAUACUAGAUACAGUUUGUUGGCGCACCAUAAAACCCACGCAAAUGAUGAGGUUAAAUCGAAGUAUAAAUAUUUGAUGGUCGAAGAUGAGGAAGGUCACAGAUGUUUGCUGUGCGAGACUAGGUUCAGCACUAGGAGCAAACUAUUUGCUCAUGUGCAAAGACACAUGAAUGUUAUCGAGGGCGUUUAUCACUGUAAAGUCUGUGGUUUGCGAUGCGGCGAAAACUACGACUAUCAGCUGCACAUCAAAACCCACAAGAACAUGUCCAAUCAAAAGGCACUUCCGAGAGAGAUUGAAGGCGUUCACACCGACUACGAUUCAUCGAGUAAAGUGGCCUGCGAAAAGUCGGAUCUGCCACUGCACUGUAAGACAUGCAACGUGUUCUUCAACAACAAGACUAAUCUGAACGUUCAUCUGUGGAAGUCGAAGCUUAGAUUCUUAGAGUUAAACAAUACAACUCAUGAAAAAGAGCCACCCGUUGGGAAGAAAAAACCAGUUGUUCCUAAAGUUAAGUCGCAACCGACACAACGUGGUCUAAGGAUUAGGAAAAGUAGAAGCAAAACGAUUCGUCUUCUCCCGAGAGAUGAUUCGAAAAUUUUCACGGAUGAAAAUGGCUUCUACAACUGCACCAAGUGCGACUAUAAGACGGUUAAAUCAAAACUGUUCAGAGGUCAUGUUCGUGGCCAUAAGGCGGUUGAGGUUGGCUUGUACACGUGCGAGGUGUGUCAAAUGCGCUUACCAGACAAAGAGCAUCUGUUUUGUCAUAAGAAAACUCAUUUAAAGGAAAGAUUUGAAUGUCUUACAUGCCAUCAGAAAUUUGCAACAAAAAAGGAUCUUUUCAAACAUCGAAUCAUUCAUACCAAGAACGUGAUAACGAAGCAAUUUAUGGAGAAAGUUACCGAGGACGAGAAGGGCGUUUUCACCUGUUCAAUUUGUGGCAAAACACACACGGAACGGAAGUACGCCUUUGCACACUUUCGCACACACGUGACGGAAAAAUUCGUGUGCCAAAUAUGUGAAAAGCGCUGCGCAUCUAAAAACAUUCUCAUCCAACACAUCGAAAGUCAACACGAAAAACUGCGGUUCAGGUGCAGCACGUGCAAAGAGAGAUUUGAGACCAGACCCGCCCUGUUUCGACACAAACAGGAGCACAAAUCAGAUUUGAAAGUGAUUCUGCAGAAGGAUGACCGCUACCGUUGUACGCGGUGUGACAAAACGUAUGCCAGGCGGGAUAAUGCUUUGCUGCACUUUAAAUCGCAUUCGAAAAACAAAAAUAAGUCGGAUGAAGAGCUACAGAUAAAGGAAGACAACGCAACCGAGGAAGAUCGAGAUUCGCGGGAAAAUUCUCUGAAUAAUGAAGAGCUGGACUCGUGAACUUAAGGUCAGUUGGGAUACCAACAAGCUGCACAACAUCUGUCAACCAUCCUAUAAACCUAUUUCCAUCAAGAAAUAAAAAUGU